AUCCAGUACACUGGCUCCAGCAUGAACCCAUCCAGAUCCCUGGGCUCUGCCGUGGCCUCCGACAGCUGGGAUGACCAUUGGAUUUACUGGGUGGGACCCAUCGCCGGCGGAGUGCUGUCUGCCAUUGUGUACAAAUUGGUCCUCAACCCGUACAGAGGUGUCAUCAACAUGGACGAGGCCGUCGAGAAGAUGAAGAGCGACCUCCCACCCUCUCAGUUAGGAGACAUAACCUUGAAGACCGUUGAAUAGGUUCUACGGCGAUUCCAGCUUUGUGGCUAUCCCAAAGUCGUACUUCAAGGGAGAUUCCAACUCUGUCAAACCGGAAACCACUCACAUGUAACGAAAACAGCUUGAAUGGAACAACUCUACAUUAUAUAUAAUAUAUAUAUAGGACAUUUAUUUCUAGGUCAUUUGGAACGGUGCAUGAGGUUAAGAGGUUGAAGGCUAUUAUAAAGACACAAUGUUUGAUUCUACAAAUGGCGCUGUGAGCCAACAUAUAAUAAUAAAAAAGUGGUUCAUGGCAGAUUGUACUUGUUCAUCUACUUUUCGUUUGGCUGCUGACGGGAUGCAAGUAAAGAUUAAUUGUGACUUGAUAGAAAGGGGGGGGGUAUUGGGCGGUAGGUGUGGGGUUUGAUUCUGUUUUUAUGGUUGCUAUUCAGACGUGCAUGAACAAGUAGUACUUAUUUGAUUUUACUUACAGAAGUAAGUACAUAACGAUAUGUACGAGCCCGCAUGUGUGCGAGUGCGUAUGUGUGUGUGUGUGUGUGUGUGUGUGUGUGUGUGUGUGUGUGUGUGUGUGUGUUUGUGAGUAUGCAUGAGUGCGUAGGUGUAUGUGUGUAUGUGUCUGUGUUCGUGUACAUGUGGUGGCUGUGUGUGUAUCUGUGUUAUUUCUCUCAAAAUGAAGUAUAAUUAACAUUAACAGAAAAAGACAACAACAACGACAACAGAACUUUUAAAGGCUCAGAAACUGUUGCCUGUAUACCACGGACAUCUAAAACGCUAUCAUAAUAAUUAAGUUCGCAAUGAAGUUUAGCUGUAACAGCUGUCUCAACCAUUUUCUCCGUCUGUGGAAAGACGUAAUGAAAAGCAUUAAGCAUAAGAUAGCUUUUAUACGCAUUUGCACAACAACACUAUCAAAGAAUAAACGUUUGGCAUUGAGAACAGCAAGGUGCAACAUUACAGAGGGAAAGAAGAAAGUACGGCGCACUUAGAUAAGAUAAGAUAAGAGAAGAUAAGAGAAGAUAAAAUAAGAUAAGAGACAGUGUCAAAUCACUGAUUUGGUAUUCACCAAACACAAACACAGGCACACACCCAUACACUCGUACUCUCUCAAACAUCGUCUUUUCCACAAACAUGUGCACGUGCACACAUAUUAAUGUUAUUACGCUUCCGCAUUCACAAACAUACCCGCUAUCGCACAUAGACUAAGCCUAUGUUAUGAUGUAAAUGAACAAUGAUUAUUGUUUACAAUAAUGUUUCGGCUAGAUUCACAGUCAGUCUAUCAAACAGUGAGGAAAUUUAAGAACAGAUAUCAAAACUCUCAAAGAAUAAAAACAACAGAAACAAAAA